UUCUCAUGUUCUCUGGAUUCUGUGCCUCUGCCAGCGUGACGAUUUUCUUCAUGAAGGAUAUGAACUUCUGCGCGGAAUACCGGCGUCUGGACUGCAGUCAGUUCACACUUUCAGUCACUCUGGCGUUCUUUACAUGGAGUAAGAAGUCAGUUGGAGUGGAAGUGAGAAUAGUACCAUGAGCUCAAGUGAUUCAUUCACGAAGCUGCCAGCGUGGCAAUACUUCAACAAGCCAGAUGGACCAUGUGACCCUGGUUAUGCAUCGUUCGCCCCUGUACAUGGUCGUCACCAGGCACUGUGGCAGCAGCCACCACCAUCAAAACAGCAGUUGACUUAUAACAGUGAGGUUAGACCUCAUGAGGCACCCCUGCCAUCCUUCAACAACUGCAGUGGAGCCGGCUACCAUUGGUAUUCACAGCAAUUUUCUGCCCCUAACUCAUUUGAUUAUGGCGCACACACAAACUAUGGCAACCACCAACACCAGUGGGAGCAGCUUCCCAGUACUCUGGAGCUGCCUAUUGCAUCUUGGCAGCAUCCACCUCCUCCAUUGCAUUGUCGUCCAACACCUAGCAAGGAUCUUACUACUGGAACUGAGCACGGGAACAUUAAGGUUUUACGCACGCUCAUGUCUAGAGUGACCUACAGGCAAGUUAAUGGAUCAGCACUCUUGUCCUUUUUGGUCUUUUUCACCUGUGCUACUCUUCAACAGGAUCAAUUAUGUCCUACAAUGUGAUGUUUCCUUAGCAUAGACUUUCCCACUAAAAGAGUGAUUUUAAUGUGACAGAAAGUAAAGAUCAUGUGUGUAUAAACUUUCUAUUGCCUGUAUGAGCACGCGUUGGCUGUAUGAUAAACUGUGUACUGUGUAAUACCUUGAUCGCUAUCGGUGGCGGAUCCUCGACGCGAUCGGCGGCGGGUCGUGGAAGCGAUCGGUGGCGGGUCCUGGAAGCAAUCGGCGGCGGAUCCUAUCCUGAACGACAACAGCGCCGGAUCAGGGGAUCCGCGUGCGACUCUAGAAGGGGAUCGACGUGAAAGUGAUCCGCCGCGGACCUUCAACGAGAUCGGCUGCAGAUCUGAUCUUGCUUUGCACUGGGAGGGCGGCGGCGGACGUAGGGACGAAUGAAGGCGGCGAACGACUCGUGCGGGCGAGUGCUUCGAGGGCACGAGGAAUCGCUCGUGGGUGCUGGCGUCUGGUUAAUUUUCAUAGGUUUUAUUUCGUAGAUUUUUUUUACUCCGUUCUUUCCUCCAUCGACCGGAGGUUUUCCGCUGGAAAUUGUCGAUGCAUAACAUUUUUUUUGGUUUGCGGGUCCUGGGGGGAAUCGCUGGGACGUGGGAGGUGGGAUUGAGGACGAAAAAAAACCGGCUUUGGUGGGACGAAAAAAACCUGGAAGCGAGACUACCAACUGCUUCAUUAGGAGUAGAGAUGAUGCAUAAAAAUAUUAAGUGGCUUGAUGCAUUGUAUAUUACUUACAAUAAGGGUAGUUAGCUGCUCUUUCUUGCACAGUGAUUACUCGAUGGUGAUUAUCAUUUUUUAAUGUCUUGUUCUAUGAUUUUUUUUAUCCUCAAUUAUGCCUUUCUCAGCAAUUUCACAUCUUUAUCACCUAUACUUUCAAGAAUAAAAACUAUACCGGGAAUUGUUGACAAAUUAAUAUUUAAUGCAAACCUGCUACCCCCUCCAUCCACAUAUAUAUAUGGCCUAAUGCAUUUUUCAAGAUUGUCUUUGACUAUUCAUAAGAUUAAUAGUAUAUGAGAU